AUGAGAUUGGCUGGAGACCAAGGGACAGAUAGAGUAACGGUUUCGUCGCCUUCUCAGAGGAAGCGAAGGAGAUCCAUCAGAGGCGGGAGGAGACGGUUUUUAUCGGUGACGCUGUCGUCGAUUAAGAAUGGUGGUGACGGGAGCGAUGAAGAGCCCGGUGAGGAGUAUUCAACGACGAGUAGCGUCUUGGAGAAAAUUGGUGGAAAGAGUGGAGAGUCUAAGAAUGAGGGUGGGAGUGAAACUGUGGCGUUUGUGGAGGUUGUUAAAGAAGAGAAGGGAAGGCUGCACGGAGGUACUCUGAACACUGCUAAGCAUCUUUGGGCUGGUGCUGUAGCUGCUAUGGUCUCAAGGACUUUUCUUGCACCGUUGGAAAGAUUAAAGCUGGAAUAUGUAGUUCGUGGUGAAAGGAAGAAUCUUUUUGAGCUCAUCAAGACAAUAGCAGCUUCACAAGGGAUCAGAGGAUUUUGGAAAGGAAACUUUGUCAAUAUUUUACGCACAGCUCCAUUUAAGGCUAUCAAUUUCUAUGCAUACGAUACAUACAGAAAUCAACUUCUCAGAUUGUCUGGCAACAAGGAGACAACAAAUUUUGAAAGGUUCCUUGCUGGUGCAGCAGCAGGAGUUACUGCUACUGUGCUUUGCAUACCUAUGGACACUAUUAGGACAAUAAUGAUUGCUCCUGGUGGAGAAGCCUUGGGUGGAUUAAUUGGUGCUUUCCACCACACGAUCCAAAAUGAAGGGUUCUUUUCUCUUUACAAGGGCUUGGUUCCUUCAAUCAUUAGCAUGGCACCUUCUGGUGCUGUUUUCUAUGGAGUUUAUGAUAUAUUAAAAUCAACAUAUAUGCAUUCGCCAGAAGGAAGAAAACGGCUUCAACAUAUGAAACAACAAGGUGACGAAUUAAAUGCUUUGCAACAACUUGAGUUGGGCCCCACCAGAACUUUACUAUAUGGAGCGAUUGCCGGCACAUGUUCUGAAGCUGCUACAUACCCAUUUGAGGUUGUGAGAAGGCAGCUUCAGAUGCAAGUUCGUGCAACUAAGAUGAGUGCAUUGCAAUCUUGUGUCAAGAUAGUUGAGCAAGGCGGCAUUCCUGCACUUUAUGCUGGGUUAAUCCCGAGUUUAUUACAGGUACUACCAUCGGCUGCCAUUAGUUAUUUUGUCUAUGAGUUUAUGAAGAUAAUUCUUAAAGUGGAGUCAAAUAAGAACUGA